AUGAAUAUAUUUCACGCCGUUAUAAAAAUCGCGAAUUACAGCUAUUCGACACGGUUACUGGCCGCGAGUACACCACGAACGGUCCUCGGCACGAGGGGUCUCGUUGAGAUUCUGUCAGAGCGGGAAACCAUCUCUCGUACUAUGCAGACUGCCCUGGACGAGGCAACGGAUCCUUGGGGAGUCAAAGUCGAGCGUGUCGAGAUAAAGGACGUCCGACUUCCGGUGCAACUUCAACGAGCCAUGGCCACGGAGGCAGAAGCUGCGAGGGAGGUGAGGGCCAAAGUGAUUGCGGCGGAAGGCGAAAUGCGAGCUUCCCACUCCCUGAAAGAGGCCAGCAAUGUCAUUUCCACGAGUCCUCCUACCCUGCAGGUGCGAUAUCCGCAAACCCUGAACAAUAUAUGCGGCGAGAAGAAUUCAACGGUCAUAUUCCCAUUGCCGGUUGAGUUUUUAACGCCUUUACUCAUUCCCAGCAUGCGCGGUCAUCAAGAAACUGUGCAGAUGGCGGAACUCUUACAUAAAGCAGAGGAUAAAUUAUUAAAAAUUAUGAUCCUCUCUUUUAUCACUAAUGUAAAACACAAGAUAAUUAUAUUUGUAGCAUAA